AUGGAGGAGAAGUACAGUCAGCAGAGUAAACAUGACUUCAGAAACGCUGUCGUAGAGCUUAGCAAUCACCUACAGACCAUGUUUAGUUCCCGAUACAAGAAGUUUGAUGAGUUCUUCAAAGAACUUCUCGAAAAUGCUGAGAAGUCACUGAAUGACAUGUUCGUGCGGACAUAUGGCCGAUUGUACAUGCAGAACUCGGAGCUGUUCAAGGACCUCUUUGUGGAGCUGAAGAGGUACUACGUGGGCGGCAAUGUCAACCUGGAGGAGAUGCUCAAUGAGUUCUGGGCGCGCUUGCUGGAGCGCAUGUUCCGGCUGGUCAACCCCCAGUACCACUUCACGGAUGAGUACCUCGAGUGUGUCAGCAAGUACACGGAGCAGCUGAAGCCCUUUGGGGAUGUGCCACGGAAGCUCAAGCUACAAGUGACGCGAGCCUUCGUGGCCGCUCGCACCUUCGCACAGGGUCUCGCCGUCGCAAGGGAUGUUGUCAGCAAAGUGUCUGCG